AUGACCGUGGGCUUGGUCAACCUCGGUAACACGUGUUACCUCAACUCGGUCGUGCAGUGCCUCUUGCACUGCGACGCCAUUCAUGACUAUUUAAUCAAUUGUCCAGGCCAGUUGGCAGACACACCCGAGCACAGUCUCGUCCGGAGCUUGGCGGAGCUGGCCACGAGCCUGGAUGAGGCGGCAGAGAAUGGUCGUCAGUACCUUACCCCACGCAACCUCACAAGAGCUGUGUGCUACGACCACAAUCUGUUUGAGCCAUACCGACAGCAAGUGACCAGCAGGUGCAAGGGUCAUGAAGUAGGAGCUGUGCUGAUUCGCAAUGCACCCUCCAUCAACGCAGUACCACGUUGCAGUGCACCUGAUGAACAAGCUCGCCGCAAUCGCAAGCAAGAGAGCAUUGUAUCACAGCUGUUUGCUGGCGCCACACGAGGCAGCAUUGAAUGUCUCCACUGCGGUCAUGUCUCCUCAUGCGUCGAGUCCUUUCACGACUUGUCGCUCCAAAUACCUGGCUCUGAGGCCAGCACUGGUUGGGGCAAUGUUUUCCAUGGUAAGGCGCCGCUCUUCUCUGCGAGGUUGACUUGGAGCAGGUUCAAGUGCCACAGCCGAUACGCCUUCGGUUAUACCGCUUUUCUUCCAUGGUGUCGCAGGUGCGGUGGAUUAUGUGACUUCGUGGACACCGUGGGGUGGUGCUGUCGCCUAGAGUUUCCCGUUACCGACGUGCUGGAUCUGUCACCUUACUGCGACACCACGAGCGACACUGCGGCUGCCCAGGACAUUGCGACACUGGGGGCUGACUACGUGCUGGCCGGUGUUGUGACUCACAUGGGAUCGCAGGCAACGAGUGGGCAUUACAUGGCCUACUGUCGCGAUACAGAAACCAACCAGUGGUAUCGUUACGACGACAGCGACGUCCAUGAAGUUUCUGCAUCCGACGUGUCCAAUCGACUUCCGUACAUGCUCUUCUACCGACGACACUCGCCUCAUGCGCAGGAGCAAGUUGACCGAUUAUUGACCGGGUUGCCAGAAUCAGACCAGGGAGAGCCGCUUGCGUACUUAUCGCACGAGUGGCUGACGUUGUGGCGACACUGUGUUCAGCCCCCACCAGUCAAUGAUUUUGAGUUCAUGUGCUCGCAUGGGGCCGUGCAGCCUCACAAAGCUUCACAGCUGCUCGACUAUGCUCAAGAGAGACAGCGCACACGAGUCCAGGCUGCCCUCCGGGAGCUGAGCUCCCCUGAUGCAUGUGCCGAGAUGCAUGAUGAUCUCAACGCGGGACGGCCCUUCUUUGUCAUAUCCUCGGCGUGGGAGCAGCAACUGUGCGACUUUUCCCAGAGCACGUCGCCCGAUGAAGUCUGCCCCCCUAUUGAUCAUCAGAAAUGGUUUGAUGAACAGGGUCGCAUCAAGGCCACUGUCGAUGACAUCUUGCGAGGCGGUGUGAGUCAAGUGACCGCCGCAUUUUGGGAAGAUAUGCUGG